GAUAUUGACUGGGUAUACAGUCUCAUGCGGGGUUCCAUGGAGACCAACCUGGAGACUCAGUUCCUUCCCUCACAGCGGCAUCUCUUAAGGUGGAGGAAAAAAGGCUUCCAAACUGGCAGGACCCCUUCUGUGCAGGCUUCUCGGCAUGGAGAGGCUUCUGCCGGGGUCCCUCCACCGACGUGGGGCCAGGAGUCAGAAGGGUGAGGGGGCUGUCUUCGGAGCGGCCUGGACUGGGCCUCUUUCCCAUCAGGACAGAGAGGCAGUGGUCAUUUUCUGCCAGUGGACUUGCAACUAGGCUUUAUCUCCCCAACUUCCCAUCCCCUCCAGAGGCCUGUGUCACUCCGGACCAGGGAGGGCAGGGCCUUUAUCUGGGCUCUAUUUCCUCCCGGGGACACCAGGUCCCAGGCAAGAGAACUUGAAAGGCUCUCCCAUGGCGGUCUUAUUCCUCCUCCUCCUCCUCCUCGGGGGGCCUCCUCAGGCUGCUGCAGACAACAUCCAGGCCAUCUAUGUGGCCUUGGGAGAAGCAAUGGAGCUACCAUGUCCCUUGCCACCCACCCUACAUGGGGACGAACUCCUGUCCUGGUUCCGCAGCCCUGCAGCAGGCUCCUCCACUGCCCUGGUGACCCAAAUCCAAGUGGCCAGGCCAGCCCCAGACCCUGGAAAGCCUGGAAGGGAGUCCAGGCUCAAAUUGCUGGGGAACUACUCUUUGUGGCUGGAAGGAUCCAAGGAGGGAGAUGCUGGGCGGUACUGGUGCGCGGUGCUGGGUCAGCGCCAAAAAUACCAUAACUGGCGGGUGUAUGAUGUCUCCGUGCUCAGAGGAUCCCAGUUAUCUGCCAAGGCUGCCGAUGGAGCGCCCUGCUCUGUCCUCCUGUGCUCUGUGGUCCCUGCCAGGCGCCUGGACUCUGUGACCUGGGUGGAGGGGAGGGGCCCUGUGAGGGGCCAUGUGCAGGCCUUCUGGGGCGACGGGGCUGCCCUGCUCUUGGUGUGUCCUGGGGAGGGGCUUCCUGAGUCCAGGGGCCGCAGGCCCAGGCUCAUCCGCUGUGUCGUGCCUCAGAACAAGGGGGUCAGCUUUAGCCUGGCAGCCCCCACGGAUGCCUCCCCUGCCCCCUGUGCCCCGUCCACGGGCUGGGAUGUGCCCUGGAUCCUGAUGCUGCUGUUCACAGUAGGCCAGGCCUUCGCCGUCCUGUUCCUAAGCAUCAUGCUCUGGAGGCGGAGGGUCCAGGGGGCUCAGUGCAGAGAUGCCUCGGUUCCUCAGUUCAAACCUGAAGUCCAGGUCUAUGAGAACAUCCACUUGGCCCGUCUCAGCCCACCUGCCCCCAAGACCAGAUGAUCUCCGUGGCAUCUGCUGGAGCGUGACCUGCGGUCUCCCUGGCCACGUGGCACCCGAAAGAGCCCCUGAAAGUCUUGGCGAGAGGUGUGGGGCCGAGCAGCUACUUCACAGCCGCUGGUCUCCCACAGACAAGCUGUGUGUGUUGGGGGUGGGGGGGUGGGAGAGAGAAAGGAGAUUCAUUAUUUUGUGAUGUCACCUUUGAAAAAGUGUGGUCUCCUAUCUGUAGCAGCCAGUGGAGGGUGGCCCUGAACCCACAGGCAUGGGACUGAGGGAGCUGGUGCAGCUGGCAGGGGUGAGGAGGGUGGGGUGGGCAGAGAGGAGACAGAGGAAUCCAGGGCCUUGAGCCGGAGAGCAAAUGGGGGAAACUGAAGGGGAGAGAAGGGAGGAGACUCAGUCAGACCAAGGGAUGAGAUGAUCAGAGGUAGAGAAAAACGAAAGCACGAAGCAGGGGGAUUGAGGGACGGAAGAAUGGAAAGGAAACUCAAGUUGCCUCUAAGUGAGGUCAACAGCUCCAUCGUCACAAAGCAGAGGAGAGUUGAGAGAGAACGAGCACCUUCACGUAGACCCUGGACUCCCUCAGAUGGAAGGGGAGGGAGCUGGGUCACUAUGGGGCCCAUGCUCGGCCCCCACCCUGCCACCCUCCUUAUCCUAGGCACGCCAUUGUGGCAUCCGGAGCAAUGAGUCGCUGAUGUCACCCUGACAUCCUGGGAUCCGAGUCACACACUAUCUCCCUGGGCAGGAGUGUCCACGGGGCGGGAGUGUGCAUUCCCGGGCGGGGCUGUGAUGGGCCCUGCGUGCAGGGCUGUCUGGGGAGCAGGGGCAGGUCUGGGCUGGUGAGGCAGGGACGCUCCCAGCUCACCACGCGGCAGGUCAGGCAGAAAUGAACUGGCCACCCAGCCACACCCUCACAGCAGCUCCUCCAGCGCCCUUUUGUGUAUCGAGCAAGCCUGGGCCUCGCUGGGAAAAGCUUUCUGGGAGGCUUUCUCACCUAAAGCCUCCACUCUGCAGUGGCUUCAGCUCA